AUCGAGUUGAUGGUGAUUAAGUGCACUGAACAUAAAUUCUUUUUAAAAAAAAUAGUUGCAGUAACGAGAGUUUUUGAAAUAGAGAGUAGUACGACGUGAACUAGCCUAUAGGAAGGUGGCGAGAUAGAAUUUUGUAGUUUCUUUCUUUCUUUUAAGAAAAAAAAUGAUCGCAAGUUUCGUAGGCUAUAUAUAGACAUCAGUUACAAGCAGAGAAAGGAGAUGUGGAGCACGAGAAAAGUGAAAACAAAUUUAAGCCUAAUGCCACAAGGAGGACAUUAUUUAUAAUGCUUCAUGGAAGAAUUUAGAUGAUAGAACUAAUUGAAGCAUAAUUUCCUAUAUUUUAACAUGCUAUUUCGCUAUUUUUUACGGCCUUUCGCUCAUUAUGACUCCCGCGAAAAUUGCGUUCGCUGAUUAGGUCCGACCCCUACCGCACGUUGACUUGAAUUAUAAAUUUAAUAGCUGAUAUGGAAAAAAGAGUCAAAUUUAGUUUUAUUGCCCAAUAGCUGAGGAGUCCGCAGAUGUUUUCAUUUUUUUAAUAUGUUUAACCAUUGCGGAGCUAUAAAUUCUAAACUAAAAACUGGCUCAAAAGCGUUCGCCAUUGGUCCUUUCCCAUAUAUCUAAUUCAGGAAUCUAGUUAUCUAGAUUUUUAAUCUAGAUCUAGAAUAGAUCUAUAUAUAGAUCCAGUAGAUUACUCAUCUGAUGAUCUAAAUCUAGAUUUAAUAAGCAUUUGUUGAAAAUUGUAGGCCCUAGUUCUGAUUGCACCUUUUCAUGCUGAUUACAACUUUACAAGAUAAUCUACAAAACAUACAUUAAAACAAAGAAGCUGAUUCUUACAUUUUAAGAAGGAUAAAGUUUGCAGAUCUCAAGAUGUUGUCUAAAAUGGAAGACUGGGCUAAUCUUCCAGAUCAUGUGGUAGCACUAAUAUUCUCUUACUUAUCAGUGGCAGAAAGGUGUCGCGCAGGUGCAGCAUGCAAGCAUUGGCUACAGUGUCUUGAAACACCUUUCCUCUGGAGAAAUUUUAACUGUGGAUUUUUUCUUCCUGGCCACGGCCAGCUAGUCAAGUGUGUGGAGCAAUACAGCCAUCUUAUAAGCAGGCUGACCAUAACCUUAAAUCAAAGAGAGGUGGAAAACAGGAAAAAUGCACUCUCUGUCAUUGAUUGCUUGACUGAACUCAGUGAUCUGCGUUUGACACAUUUAACUAUACAGUUCAAGGGGGAAAACCCUUUAUUUUAUGGCGGGCAUGAAUUUAUGACUGCUUUAAGUAAACUCUUUAGCAAAAUUGGAGAAAAAAAAGAAAAUUCACUAUUAAAAUAUAUAAAUUUUAGUGACUUACAAGUCAAUUUUGACAAUGAAUUUAUGAACGGAAUAGCCAGAAAUUGUCCUAACUUGGAAUAUUUAAAUAUUUUAAAUAAGAUUUUAGUUUGUUGUGUGUCUCCUGAUUGCAUGGUCUUGCUAGUAGACAAAUGUAGAAAGUUGAAGACUCUUCAUGUCUACCACACCAGUUUAAACAAUGAAGUCAUGAAAAAACUGUCUGAACCCAACAGAGUGCCUUUGAGAAGACUAGGUAUAGUGUGUCGCAGGCAUGAAAAAUAUGGGGAGGAUAUUGCCUCUGAGGCGUGGUCUAAUCUCAUCCAUGCUAACCCAGAUUUAAAAGUUGAGCUAGGCUUUGACCACACGACUCCAUUGCAUAGAGUGGCAGAAAUUAUUAAACCAGAGAUCCCCGUGCAAGAACUGCACCUGGCAACCUUUACUAGAAUCUUUGAUGAAAUCAACACUGCUGCCUCAUAUUAUGAACAUACAUUAGAAAAGUUGGUGGUUCAGACUAGACCUUGCAAGGAAUUGAAUGAAGCCAUCUUGAAUGUGGCACAGAGAUGCAAACGCCUGAAUACUUUGUACGUCUACUGCAUCCUCGAUAAGUCAGUCAUUGAUAAAAUCUUAGAGCUCCAUCCCCUCAUGAAGGAAAGAGGAACAUUUAUUUUAAAAUGGGAGCUAGAAAAGGAACCGUGGACAGUGGGAAAAGAGGAAGGGGAAUAAUUCAUGUCAAUUUUUUUUAUUUUUAAGAUUGUGAUUUGUAAUUCUUUGUGAUAGUUUUUUAUGUAAAGUAUUCUACACAAACAAUGAAAUGAAUGUCAAAAUAACAAUUGUAUAAUAUGUAUAAUACAACUGUUUGUAGCUGACACAUAAAUAGAGAAUUGUUAGUUUAUAUCUUCACUGUACUAAAUGGCUGAAAGUGUUUGACGUUUUACAACUUAACAAUAUAACGGCUUUGGACUGUCUGGUGUAAUGAUCUUUUUUUAGAUCUUGAUUUUGUAAAAUUGCAUGGCCAUCUGGAGUUUAACAUAUCUUAUUAUAAAGUUAAAUAAAUAGUUAAUAGUUUUUACCCUGUAAACUCUUAGCCCACUAAACUAUAGAGGACAAAAUAUAUGGAUACCAGUUCCUGGGAUUGAAUUUAAAGGUUUUAUGCUAGUUCCGCAAAACUUAUUUAUGCUUGUUGCCAACUUAUUUGUUAUCUUUUUUUACAUUGUGAUAAAUAAAUUGUUCACAUGACUAUAUGGGUAAAAGACUUCUAAUCUAUGACAAAUGUGUGUAAAUGCUCCUCCUUCCCUAGUGCUAUUAAAGCAUGGAAUGGGUUGCCUGAGUCAGCCAGGUAAACCAAUGACUUGGGAGAGUUUAAGUCAUUGAUUAACCUGCAUGACUAGAUUGACCUAGUGUAGGAAUUAAUCAUCUUCUUUUUUAAAGUAACAUCUGUAUUUUAUAAGAUAAGAUGAGAUAACUAUUUUAUUUCUUUUUGUGUGAAAAUUUAUCAAGUCUUGGAAACCAUAUUAGAAUAUUACAGAUCUUUGUCAGUUUUGAAAAACAAAAGUUACAAAUAUAUUUAUGGCAUUCUCCUCUGUGCCAAAGUGUAUGUAUUGGUUUGUCAUGUACAUACUGAACUCUGCACUCAACCUUUUGAUUUCUGAUGUGUAGUAUAAAUGAAUACUUAAGCGGUUGUAUCUUUGCUUAAGAAAGGUUCAUCUCCAUGACAUUUUAUGUACCGGUAUCAAUUGGUACUUUCUUUCAAUUGCAGAUCUUCCAGCAUUGUUACUUUCCCAUUGGCUAGUUUAAUUUUGCUGUAUUAUUCCACUCAGUGUCCCCUCGCUAACAAAGCAAUCUUCUUCCCACUCUUUCCGGUGCUCUAGCCUAAUAACUAAAUGAAAGUGUCGUGUGAUAUUUUUACUAUCAUAUUGUAUGUGCAUUACUAAAACUAAUUUGAGAAGUAUUUUUUAAAUAAAAUAGUUGGAUAAGCAGCUAAGUGUUCUAUCUAGGAUUAACUGCAUUUAUACACUUUUAUAUACAAUAUUUUGUUCAGCUUUUUGCAGUGUGUAUAUGAUGUAUACAAUAAUUGUUGUUAUUUGUGUGUUAUCUAUAUUAACUAUAUUUUAUAUACAUACACAAACACAUAAUGAUUGUUGAGUUAUUAACUUUGUGUGCCAUAUAUUUAUUGUUUAAAACUGUAUUCUAUCUAGAGUUGUAAAUAUAGAAAAAUAAAUAUUUAUAAAAUUAUUUUGUUAUCAAGAUUUAAAAUAUUUUUUGUAUUUAUGUAAAGACAAAAUUGCUAAAGUUGUAUUAAUUAAUCUAUUUGUCCAAAAUAUGAACACUAUCAGAUCAGUUGGUGUCAACUCAUACAUUCUAAUAAAAUUGGAGAUUUUUAGAUAUGAAAUAAAUCCAUAAAUAGUAAGCUUUUUUUUGGAUUUUGUAAAUAAUAUGGAAAUAUUAAUAAGAGAAGUAUUUUAAUAUAAUGUGUGUACUUGUCAGCACAGUACAAUACAACCUCUUCUAUCAUAAAGUAAUGUUCAUUAUUUUGUUGGCUACUUGAUCUUUCAGUAUUGCGUCCUCAAGGUUAUUUAUUUAAUAUCUAAUUCAAAGUCUCUCCGCAUCUUCCUCUUUUCAUUUACUUAUGUUUUCUUUAGGUUCCAUUAUAUUGCCACUGCAUCUCUUUAGAUCGCUUGUCUCUCUUACUAAAUUAAAUUGCUUAAAUCAUAAUGAAAAUUAAAGUGUAAACAAAGAGCAGAUUACUGUGAUUUGUGUGAAAAUCCCCAUUGCAAUAAUCAAGUGGUUUGAAAUUUUUUUUUAAAUUUACAAUUAGGAACUUGGAUAACUUGAUUAUGAUAAAAAUAAAAAAAUUGCCUAGUACAUGUUUCA